AGAAUCGCAGGAAUGAAUAAGAAAAUGAUACAGAUGAUUAACAUUCAGACUGUUUUAUAUGGAUUCCUAUCUACAAUCAAUGGGUUUGACCUGCAAUGUCCACAUCCAUCACAAAGGAAUUACCGUAUUCAGAGUGUAUGUAAUGGUAAUUCUACUGCAUACACCUGCUUAUACGACACGAGGAAGAAAGGUUAUGUAGAAUUUUGUGCUAAUAGGAAAGACAACUAUGUCAGAGCAGGACUUAAAUAUGUUAUCUCCGGGACAUUUAGGAAUGUUAGAUGUUCUAAUAGACGAUAUCAACCUGUCAGAUUCUGGUCAAACCAAAGCAGUAUCUGCAUGAAUUUAAAGUCAGAGUGUAACUAUUUUGGAGAAAUUGUAUACAACAACAAAUCAUCAAUUUAUGAUGCCACUUGUAGAUGUGAUUACACCAGAGGAUAUGCAUUUGUCUCUGAGCCUAGAAAUAAGUGUUUCUGUAUUCCGUCCGAAGAAGAUUGUUCCUGUUACAUCAACCAAUGUACAACAAAUACUACACUAUCUCCUGAUUAUGAAUGCAUAUAUAGUGAUUUAGCGAAUGAAAAGAUCUAUUGCCAACAUGAUAUUAAAAGGUAA